AUGGAGAAUACUUCAGUGCCGAAUUCCACCUCCAUUUUUGAAAACACUGAGUCGGAUUUAAGACUGUCUGACACGGUUGGAGACCUAUUCCAGCUGAUUGUGCAGAGCGUCAUUUUCUUAUUCGGCGUGCCCGGUAACUGCCUCAUACUCCGUGUCUACUGGACAAAGACUCUAAAAACCAGUACCCAUGUUCUGAUCAUGGCCUUAGCCUGGGCCGAUCUGGCCGUCUGCUUGCUGGCUGUGAAUCGUAUUUAUUAUAAGGUUGCUUCCAUGGCUGGCCAUGAGGUCCCAGAGCUCACAUAUAUUAUCUUGGCUCUUCAGUCAAUAGCCAUCAGCACGUCGAUUAUGUUAACUGCUGUUAUCGCAGCGGACCGCUACGACUGCAUAUGCCGGCCACAGCGCCGGUUCUUCACCCACAAGCGCGGCAAGAUAGCAGCUUGGGCAGCAUUUGUAUUCUCACUGGUCAUCAAUAUUCCUGCCUUCAUUCCGAGAACCCCUGGAUCCAGCGACCAGUCAUUGCGUCUGUUGAGGUAUGCAUUCCGGUUCCUUUGGUUUGUCGUGGCGCUCGUGAUGAUCGCCCUGUGCUACGGCAAAGUCUACAUGACCAUCAAGAAACACACCAAAGUCGGCGUCAAAAGUACCAUUCCAGAUUGCAGCGUCUCUCGAUUAGCAGAUGAUUGCCCGACGAGGCUGCAGGAUUCCGCAGUCACAAAAGUCGACGCGAACAUUCCGAUCGUGGAGUCCGUGUCGACGUUCAUCAAUAAACCAUGCUCGAGCAAGUCAGCUGAUGGCAGCAGAAUGGCACAAAGCAAAGGAGCAACAAGGCACGAAAUCGACGCAUUAAGCCUUGACGAAAGCGGGAAAAGAUGGGUCAGUCACCCACAAGCGACUUUGACCAAACAUGGACUUGUGUCGAAGGAUACAGAAUCUCGCAGACCCCAAGGCAAUGCAGGACGCGCACCACGCAAUGUGGAUACAACACUUUUACAGCGUAAGACAACCAGAAUGCUCUUCAUCACCAGCGUUGUGUUUCUCCUGACCUGGCUACCCUACUGGAUCCGUGUUGCCGCUACGUUUGCUUCCUACUCCGACCCAGUGUUCCAUAUGAUCCUCGGGCUGCUCUACGUAACUUUUUACGUCAACAAUGCCGUGAACCCGCUGAUCUACGGACUUGCCAACAGGCGAUUCAGGAAAGACUGCAAUAAAGUUUUCAGUAAGAUUAAGCUCCGUUAG